AUGCACAGAACUGAAGGUGAUCAUUCGAGCAAUAUCCCAAUUCAAGGCCUUCAGUAUCUCACGUCCCCGUCUUUGACAUCAUCAAUCUUCAAGCUUAAAGCAAACUGCACUGUCGGAGAAUCAAACGAUGAGGGCGCCGGUUCACUGCCUUGUCUCAAAAACAAAUUGAAGUCAUCAUCUGCCCUGCAAGAUGAUAAUACACAAAGUAGCCUUUUCCAAACACUAUCCGGACUAGGCCCCUCUGCACGUCGUUUAUUACUAUUAGACUCUGCAGAGGAUGAAACAUAUAAAAAGGCCGCACUACCAGUUUCGUGUAAGAUCGAAUCAAAGAGCCAGCAUCUCGACUUUUCUAAGCAUGUGGCAACCUUUACCGAACCCAUAAAGGUUAGUGGUAACCUGCAGAGCGCCAGCUUAACAUAUCAGACGACUGACCACGAAGGUCCGAGGAAUGUUCAGCAAGCCAGCUCCACUGUAUCCGCAUCGCUUCUUUUUCCACCUAAAAAAAAUAUCAUUCGGAAUGAGCGUAGCAUGGACAAGAUAACGGGCCACUUAUACCGAUCCGGUUGUACAUCGUAUUUACCUCACAAUGCCACCGAACCCGACAAAUCAGACGCCUUCUCCAAGUGGGGCCUACACAGUAGAAAAGGCAGGGACCCAUCACCGUGUGCGCAUCCCAAGAUGUUCUCUACCCUCACCCAUUCCAAAAGUACGUCGGAGCCGAUUUUAGUGCAUGAACUUCGCCGGUAUCUUGACCGAGAGCUUCAUUUAGUCUACAGUAAGGGUGCCUCGCAGCAGCAGCAGCAACAGCCUGUGGAGCUGCUUGGCCCCUAUCGAGAGGCCCUUGGGGCUCUCAUUGACGCCCUUCCGGGGUACUCCGGGAUCCUUUGCGAUGUGCGCACCGCUUAUGAUAAUGUUAUCCAAUACCAGGCUAAACUGCUGACGGAGGCGUACGCGCGGGAGGAGGUGGCAGAUGCUUCCGGCAAUCAACAUCGUGAGGAUCUCAUCGCGCUCCGACAGGCCGUCUCGCUUCUACGAAGACAACUUGAGGCUGCGGAGGCCGAGCUUGAGGAGCGGAGGCGAUUAGGCGAAGGCGAUGCCUCGGAGCCGAAGUCCUCCUCCACUUUCAGGGCCCUUGACAUCCUUGAACUCCGGCGAAACCUAGAGCAGGCGCAUAAUCGAAUUCGUGAAAUGGAGCGCACGAGUAAAGACGAUUUGGAGAAGAUUGUGGUGCUGGUCGGCACAGUGCGGGAGUGUGACCGGCGCAUGAAGGAUUUGGAGAGCUCGAUUGAGGGCAUGACGCGGCAUAUUACCGAGCUGAACGAGUUCAAACAACUGUGCUCCGAGGCCCAGAGUGAUUUGCAGCGGUACAAAGAGAAGUACGCCGCUUUUGUCGCCGCCUCUGACUUUGAGAGCAUGAAGGAGUACCUGAUCAGUGAGGUGGAGGAGGCGAAGGCCGUCAUACGCCGAAUGCGGCGCUCCGUCGCCGUUCGCGGGACCCAGGUUGACAUCAUGAACCGCCGCGUUCUCCACCUGGAGGCGCUUCAGAGCCAAUCCAAGAAAGGGAAUGGGCGCGGCCCGCUCACGCCGCGGCCGAGCUGGGAUGCUAUUCACGCCCAACUCCCCGACCUCGCAGCGUACGCGACAGACGUCCAUUGCACCCCCCUCGCCCGCGCAGAGCCGGGGCUGCUCGUGACCGAGGAAGGGGGGAAGGAGACGGACCUCACCCUGCCCGUCGUCCGCGGUCCCUCCGAGACGAGCCUGCAGGUGGGGUACCUCGUGGAGCGCGUGCGGUCCCUCACGAGGGAUCUUGAAAAGGCGCGGGAGGAGAAGGAGGCCCUCCGAUGCGCCGCGAACUAUCGAACCGUGGCUUUGACAACUGCAUCGACCUCCGCGGCGCCGCUUUCGGUUCACCCGACGACGAUGCCCAUCCUUGGCUGCGGGCUCUCGGAGCGGCAGCCAUGGCACCUCCGCGCGACCGGACUCGUCCAACGCGCCGUUCUAGAGCAAAGUGUGAGCAUGAAGCUGAUUUUUGACUUCUUUUCUGGGGUCGUGAGGCCGUUAUUUGACAACGCCGAGUCUUUGCAGGGGCCAGAUCUUUCCCUUUCCUACUACCGCUACUUGAACAAUUUGAUUGAACGGGAUAACACUAGAAUCUUCCAGGCCUACCCCUGUGCGACUCAUUUGGCGCUAAAUUUAGAGGCCGACGCAUAUGACCCGGUUUCCACAACGCCACCACUUCUCUUACUGAGUAUGAUUCUCUACGGUGUGAUGCCACCUCGUUUGUGUGUCGAUGCCGUGAGUGUUGUCAACCGCGUUAAGGAAGAUCUUACCGCCCUUGCUGUUGAGCAGCAGAAGUCCAAACUCCAGCGCCAGGCCAUCAGCGAGUGCAUCCAACCGGUUCUCGAACUCAAGAGCCCGGAUGAAAUAGAGGCACUGCGCACCGCACUGGGCAGCGAUGGGACCUUUGACGUCGCCACCCUCACCUCCUUACAGCGUCCCUUCUCGUCGACGUUGUUUAGCCAGGCGUGCCAGGACGGGAUGGAUUUUUAUCUAAGCAUUAUUAAAGAACUUACCAACAUGGCUGAAAACGGGUACAAACCAGAUGGUGAUAGACUUAUUGUGUUGAAGAACGUGGCGAAAGCUAUUGUGGCUGUAGAGCCCUGCACGCCGGUUGUAAUCCUUCGUGAGCUUUCAGAAAAUGCAGUGCUAGAGGGAAACAGCAAAGUUAAUGGGAAAGUGCACCCAAAGGUAAAAACUGCCGAUUUAGUCGCCGAAAACAAUAGUGUGGUGCACUUGAACGACGUCAUUAGCAUCAUUGCUGAGGCUCCUUUAAUGCGACGGUCGCCUAAAUUAGAGCCCCCAGCGAAUAUAUAUAUGCUAUAG